GGUGCAAACCAAACUUAUCGCCUUCAAGGAUCUCUUCAAGCUAACCUUUAAGUAACUGCUGUGAGAGAUACAUACGAAAUGGUAGUACAAUUUACUAUCUAAUUUUAGACAGUAAUGUCCUGCCACUAGCUUCAUGUUUUGGUACAAAAUAUCGAAAGGGUUUUUUAUCGAGGUGGCCAUGACAUUAAUUUUUCGUCAAAUAUGAAUGCCAAAGCGGUAACAUUAUGUAUAUUUUGUAUAUUUCGUUCCUGUUACAAUGUGGAUCUUGAUUAUUAUAUUGAUGAUAACAAAGAUCGCUCUAACAACGAAAAAGAUGACUUAAUAGAUACACGGAGAAUUGGCAAUGAACCGAAAAUGUCACUCGAUGAUGGCGAUAUUAAAAUUCUGACUACUUUAAGUCGUGGUGAAGAAAAUACAGACAUAAACUCAACAACAUCAAGCGAGGAACCACCAGAAGUAUCAGUGUACGACAAUUAUAGUUAUUAUGACACCGCCAGCCGCGCCAGCCAAUAUCCUCUUACUAACAUAUUUGAUGAAUAUGAAUACGAGUACGCCGAUGAUGACAACAACCUGGACGACUCGGCCACUGAAACUUCUGAUUAUGCGGACACCACUACAUCAAAAGAAGAAAAAAAUAAUAUUACUAACACAUCGAAAACAUUAACCCAAUUCCUCGCCCCUCUUGGAAAAAUACGAAAUACUGACCUGUACCACAUGGUACCCGCUGUUACGAAGCUUAAAAUAAAGAAAUAUCCAGGUAAGUUAAAUAAGCUAUAUGCUGAAACCGAUGAUAAUGACAAUAUCUGGUAUGUCCCCGAAGAGUAUCCCUGCUGGGAAUUACCUAUAUUGUUUGGUAGAUUUAAGACUAGAGCCAAGUACUCCGACAUAUUCGUUUUAAAAGGAGGAACUCUUGACGGCAUAUCACUUGAACCGGAGACCGAAAUUAAAUUUACUCCCCGAAGGCGCAAUGACGAUUCUGGCAAUAAAUGGUGCGAUCAGGGACCCUGUUACGGUGAUCACACUCUCUGUACUUUUCCAAAUGACACCAUAUCUAGAAUAUGUGACACAGCAUACAAAGUCAAGAAACUGUCUGUGUACGAACAAGUAGUAGUACUGAACACCAUAAAUACUAUGAGAAACCGUGUCGCGAUGGGCACGGCGGAGGUUUAUCCUAAAUUGCCUACUGCUGCUAACAUGCAGCAAGUUAUGUACGACAUGGAUUUAGCAAGGAUAUCCAAUAGAUGGCUUCGCCAAUGUCUUCCCGGCCCUGCUGCUUGUUCUUCUAUAAAAGACAAGCUGGUUACACAACUGGAAUGCAAGAAGUGUUUGAGAAACUGUUGUAAAGGACCAAACGACGACGAUUGUUUACCGCGUAAGGAAUGCUUCGUGUCAGCUUUAGUUGGAUGUCUUCACGCUUGGUUUUUAAGUGCUGGUGAACUACUAGAAAAGCGAGACGUUGACUGUGGACAUAUUACACGGGAUACGUUCAAUACUGCGCAGAUACUAUGGGCGAAUACUGAUAAAAUGGGCUGCGCUUACGGCAUAAGGGGAAAUGGUGACAUUAGAGUUGUGUGCAAUUUUUCCCCUGGAGCACCAUUUUAUUUGAGAACGAAGUUUUUCUGCGGCAUAAUACCUUCCAAAGAUAUAACAGAACACUUUGAAGAAGUCUCUAAUUACGAUAUUACAAGUUUGGAUUUUUUGGCGAAAUUAGGAAUUCAGAUGAAUUUAACAAAUCUCUCAACGCCUCAACAUUGGAGGAAAUCAUUAAUUCCUGAAUAUGUUUUCCGAAGUUUGACACCUUGGGGUGUGUCUUUUUUGCGUGAUAAGUUAAACGGCAAACUAAGAGAUUACGAGGGAUUUUAUGAAAACGGGACCAUAGGAGCGGUAGCUAAGCUUGUAACAAGAUAUUCCUUUCAUGAAGAUUCUAAUGCCAGAUGUGAUACUGGUGAACCUAUUUAUGAGAGCGGUCUCGCUGGCAACCAGUGCGUGGAGACCGGUAGGGUGUUUACAGCGCUAUGUUACAGUUACCGAGAUCCUUAUCCUGGUUAUAGAUUGGCAGCAAUCGUAGCUCCAGUAGCACUGUUUUCGCUGAUUUUAUACGAUUUGUUUAGCGGUGUUCUUAGGCAAACUAACUUUUGAUUGCAAAACCUUCCACACGUAAGCUGCAAUAUUAACAUAUAAAAUAAUGGCGCUAAAAAGUCCAUUUUAUAUGUUUUAUUGUUUGUUAAAGUGAAAUAGAUCAUAUAAGAGUUUUAUAAUAUGAUUGAAGAUUAAACGACCUAAUUCAAUCCGUUUAUGUUGAUUACAUGUUUUACAAGCAUAAACAUGUAGAAUUUCAUUGUCAGUUUUGCUUUAUACAUGACAUUACUAGUUUUGCAUAUACUUAACGUCAAGUCUUUUUAGCGCCACUCGCUACGGUUAAGAUCCGGACAUUACACACGAUUGUGUUUAAAGGUCUAAAAUGUGUACAUACCAGUCUCACUGAAGGCCAAGACCGCCGUCAGGGCUAGCACGCGCUGCAUUCUUGCUAUUAUUUGACUUGGUCUCCCUCAUGUAGAUGUUCGUGCGGUCAACAUGACAUGCAUUAAUCUUUGACUAGCGCCGUCCUUGCUGUACGAUGUAUGAUGCGUCUGGAAAUAUUAUUUGACAUAUAUUUUCAUGGG